UUAUCGCGGUGUUUGUGCCGACAUUUCGUGCAGAGAGAAACUCCCCGCAGAGAGAAGAAAAGACUACCGUGUAUGACUAAACGUCAGUGUGUUAAUUGACAAAAUUCCUCGAUGGCGGACUGUGUCUCUAAAGUUGAGCUGACGGUUUCCUGCACUGACCUGCUGGAUAAAGAUGUUGGGUCAAAGUCAGACCCUCUUUGUGCACUUCUGCAGAAAUCAGACGGAGACAAAUGGACGGAGCUGUGUCGCACUGAACGCCUGAAGAACACCUCCAGUCCCGCCUUCAGUCAGCGCCUCAGGGUGGAUUAUCACUUCGAGACGGUCCAGAAUCUGAAGUUUGGGGUCUAUGACAUUGAUAACACCUCGUCUGAUCUGGGCGAUGAUGAUUACCUUGGAGGAGUGGAGCUGACACUGGGACAGAUAGUUUCCAGCAAAACUGUGACCAGACCUCUGCAGUUGAAGAAAGGCAAGCCAGCCGGAAAAGGAAGCAUCACAGUCACCGCAGAGGAGAUAAAAGACAAUAGAGCCAUUGUGUUGGAGCUGGAAGCGAAGAAACUUGACAAUAAGGAUACAUUCGGGAAGUCCGAUCCAUUCUUGGAGAUUUUCAAACAGGGAGAUGAUGGGAAAUGGCAGCUGGUUCACAGAACGGAGGUGGUGCAGAACAAUCUGAGCCCCAGCUGGAAGAAGUUCUCCGUUCCACUGCAGACCUUCUGCUCCUGCGACAUGGAAAAACCCCUGAAGGUGGCCUGCUCCGACCACGACAAUGACGGGUCCCACGAUCUGAUUGGUUCGUUCACAACAAAAGCCUCAGAGCUGCUGAAAGCUGCUGGAGGCUCGCCAGUGGAAUUUGACUGCAUCAACCCGGAGAAACAGAAGAAGAAGAAGAGCUACAAGAAUUCUGGGGUUGUCUCAGUGAAGAGCUGUAAGCUGGUGACUCAGCACACCUUCCUGGACUAUGUGAUGGGCGGCUGCCAGAUCAACUUCACCGUUGGCAUCGACUUCACCGGCUCAAAUGGUGACCCCCGCUCUCCAAACUCUCUCCACUACAUGAGUCCGGAUGGGACGAACCAGUACCUGUCUGCUCUGUGGUCUGUGGGCCAGGUGGUCCAGGACUAUGACACUGAUAAACUCUUUCCAGCAUUCGGGUUUGGAGCCAAACUGCCUCCAGACUUUCAGGCGGCCCAUCAUGAGUUCGCCCUCAACUUCAACCCUAGUAAUCCCUACUGCCAAGGCAUUCAGGGGAUUGUGGAUGCCUACAGGGCGGUUUUGCCUCAAAUCAAACUCUCUGGACCCACAAACUUCUCUCCCAUCAUCAACCACGUCGCUUCCAUCGCCUCCAGUGCUGCGCAGGCUCCCACCGCCUCUCAAUAUUUUGUUCUCCUCAUCCUCACCGAUGGCGAGAUCACUGACUUCGACCAGACCAAGGAUGCCAUAGUUCGGGCAUCCCGGCUGCCCUUGUCGAUUAUUAUAGUGGGAGUGGGGCCCGCCGAUUUUAAGGCCAUGGAGCUUCUGGAUGGAGAUGAUGGCGUGCUCAGGUCCUCUGUGGGAGAGGCUGUAUCCAGAGACAUCGUCCAGUUUGUCCCAUUCACAAAGUUCAAAGAUGCUCCCCCGGCAUCGCUGGCCCAGUCUGUCCUCGCUGAGGUCCCCAACCAGCUGGUUUCUUACUUCAAAAUGAGGGGCCUCGAACCACUGAAGCAACAAGCUGCUCCCAAAUCCUAAACGCCACUGAGCACCAGCCAUGCAGUUAUAAACCCAAUCUCACAUUCCUCACACCUGCACACAAAGCUCCAGUCUCCCCUUAUUCCAGAUCACAAUACUGUGGUGGGAUGCCACACAAUCAAGCCAUCAUCAAGAAUAGCAUGAAAUGUCAACCAAUUAUAAGGCAGGGUUUAAGCUGCGACCCCAUUACAAUACUUUGGAGGUCAGUCCCCCUAUAGAGUAAUUUUGUAACUACAUUCUUUACAUAUUUUUCUCUUGCACUUAAAUGAAUAUACACAGAUUGUGGUUAUUGCUGCUUCCAAACCAACUAUGCAUGUUUUUUACCAUCUGGGAAAAACUUUGAGACGCACAUAAAACACGCCUUCCAUCUAAUGUUAUCACUCCCCCUAGUGGACAUUUGCUGCACUGCAGGGGCAGGUAGCUCACCGCUCCCAGUAUUUACAUUCCCAAUUACUGGCAGCAGCUUUUGAACUCAAACCAGCUCCGUUUUUGUGGUCUCUGAUUAGCUUUAUUGAUUAGGUGCCAACACUUCGCACUUUGCUUUUGCCUAAAAUGCUGGAAAACUAGAUUUAGAAUAAAAUCUAUUAGCUUUGCACCCGAAGCCUUACACAAAACUUUGUUGCCUUAUUUUAGAACGAAGUGCUACUUGUAUUAUGCUCUUCAGCCUCUGUAGCCUGAGCUUAGAGAUAUAGCCAAUAGUGGCUUGUUGAUGCUGCCAUCUGCGUUUCUUCUUGCAGCACAUUUUACUUGUUGGUUGCCAGAUCAUUCAGAGCCUUUAAUAGCUUACUUUGUGCAAUUGCAUUUAGGUCUCGAGCGCUAUUGUCAUCUCAGUGCAUUUAUUUUUAAAUGGGACCAAGAGAGAUAUGGUCAGAUUUGUUUCAUGUCUAAGCAAAUAUGACAUUAUGCCGACCAGUACAACCACAAGGUUUGAAUGGUUUCCCAAAUGUUCCUUUUGACUCUUCAUCUUUUAUCAUACUUUAUCAAUGCUGUAUGUUAAUAAUUUAGUGAAUCCUUCAAAGAGUUUAGAAUAAAUUGUAUAAGAUAUGUCUAAAUAAAUCUCUAUUUCUUUGGGAAGUUUCUUAAAAAAAUGACACAAAUUAUGUUUCGACUAAAUAGGCAGUUUAGCCAAGCCACACAUUGUCACAUUGAAUGACAGAUAUAUUCCUAAAGUCCACCGUGUGUUUGGUAGUUUUUUUUUCUUUUUUCUUUUUUCUUUCCAUGGUGCCUCUAGUAAUGCUAUAAUAACAUGAGCGGAAAAAUUGUGUUAAAUGUGUCAAAACUCUUUUAUUGCCAUCAAACACAUUAACAUUCAUGACAAAAUCACUGAAUUAUUUCUUGUGCCUUUGUUUGAAAUGAUUGUCAAAGAGAAGGUUGCUCCCUCACUAGAGUGUUGGAAAACACGUGACGGUGACCCGUUUCACUUUCAGUCACUUUUAACCACUUUAUAUCACUCUUUUUUUUUAUUCACUUUCUUUAUAUCCUAAUUUGAUAUUUUUUUAACAUUUGUUUUCAAUAGUUUUUAACUUGUGCAGAACAGGUGAUCAUGUUUGGGAACAGCUUAAAUAGACGUUCCAUUUGCACAAAUUGUGUUUGCUGAAAGACUUUGGCAUGGUGCAUGAAGAGCUAAAAAUAGCUUGUUAAACACACUGACAGGCGUCUUCUCUUUCAUCAUCUUGACAUUGUGCCUGUUUUUUUUAUUUUUAAAAAACAGUUUCAUCCAGGAGAAAAGGGGAAGAUGAAUGUUAGCACACCUUUUCUCUGUAUCAGCGUCACAAACCACUGUAGCCAAAGAAUCGCCUGUUUCUUUGUACUAGAAGCCAUGUUGAUGCUUUCAUUUUGUUCUUUCACCUUUCUCACGGUUAGACAUGUUAACACCCAGCUUUGGGAAUGCUGGUUUAUUUACUUGUUAAACGUGGUAUCUGGGAGAUGAACCAACCUUUUUUUUUCUUUUAUAAAAUAACCUUAAACUAUAGAAAUGUAUCUUUCCAUUAACCAUCUUUCCACUGGAAUCUUGUCUACAUGUAACAUGAUGCUGGAUUCUCAUGAAGUAAAAGGGUUUCUGUUGCAUUCUGCUGUCGUUGGUUUUCUACCUGUUUUCAUCAUUUGAGCAAACGCUCCGGUGUCAAACAAUAUGAUCGUUAUAAUUAAACCAGUAUACUGAGUAACAUGUCUGUUACAAUGCUGCAUGUCUGAAUCAAUAAAUAAAAACUUUGUUAAACAAA